CACUUCGAAGAAGAAGAAAAAGAAACCAAUUGAAUUGACCCUCAUUGCAUUGGUUUGUUUUGCCUGUCAGCCACCUACAAGCUGUUUUAAUCGCGAAUAUUGAAGUGUAUGUGUCCCACUAGCAGCGGACAAUGUCUACCCGGGCUCUGCGAAGGCUCAGAGGGAAGCAGCGGGGUCAGGAGGCCUUGGACCUCGGGGAUCUAACUUUAGGUGACAGCCCGGAGGAGCAGGCUGCGGGGGAAGAAGAGCAGCUGGACACGGCUAAUGUUUCACCCCAGUCCAACAGGAAAGGCGGCAGCCGAAAGGCGAAGAAAAACAAGGCUCAGAAGGACUUUAGCAACAUUUAUGAAUUGAUAGGUGAUGCAGACAACGAGGCAGAGAGAAUCUCACCUGAUGAAGAGGAAAAGAAUGAUAAUGGAAACGUUGAGAAACCAGAUCAGAAGCGAGAGGAAGCGUCUACAAAGUCUGGGGACAAAGUUAAAAAGAAGAAAAAAAAGAAGAAAACAAAAGUAACAUCGCAAGAUGGACAGGCUGUACCAGACGAUAACAUUGAUUUAUUGCUGGAGAAUCUGGAGCAGUCCAAUGGAGUGAGUUUGCAAAAUGAGGAUUGUGGAGGCUCUGACAGAAGAUCUGUGCUACAUGUGGAGCACAGGAAUCUCAACCCUGAGACGGAGCUGAAAAGAUAUUUCGGGGCUCGAGCUGUUCAAGGGGAUCAAAGACCUCGUCAGAGAAACAGACAGUUUCACCGUAGCACCUGGAUGACCAGUCCUAAGGACAGCUGGCCUCGCUUUAGCCGCCCAGGAAUCUCCAUGACCUUACUGCAGUCAAAGGACGGCAUUCAGCACUUCACCUUUGAACACGGUCGAGACUACCAACAAGUACAGUUCAAGUUCCUGGAUGCUGUAGAGUCCAUGGAUCCCAACAACAUUGUGGCCCUGCUACAGCUUAACCCCUACCACAUUGAUUCCUUGCUGCAGCUUUCUGAUGUCUGCCGCAUCCAAGAGGAUCAGGAGAUGGCCAGGGACCUAAUCGAGAGGGCCUUGUACAGCUUUGAGUGUGCUUUCCACCCUUUAUUCAGUCUGACCUCAGGUACCAGCAGGCUUGAUUAUCUGAGACCAGAAAACAGAGCAUUUUAUCUGGCUCUUUACAAGCACAUGAUGUUCCUGGAGAAGCGAGGAUGCCCUCGGACAGCUUUGGAGUACUGUAAACUGAUUCUGAGUUUGGACCCAGACUCCGACCCACUCUGCAUGCUCUUACUCGUUGAUUUCCUGACACUGCGUUCCAGAGAGUACCAGUCUCUCCUCCAGUUAUAUCAGGACUGGGAGGAGCAUAGAAAUCUGUCCCAGCUGCCAAACUUUGCAUUCUCCACUGCACUUUGCCAUUUCCAUCUCAGUCAACAGGAGGAUAUGGAUCCCGAAGAAAGUGACAAACAAAGACAUAAAGCUGACCAGAUGUUGCAGAAUGCUCUCAUUAUGUUCCCUGGAGUCUUGAUGCCUUUGCUGGAUCUGUGUACUGUGCAGCCGGAUGCCACAGUCACAGCACAUGCCUUCUUCGGCCCAAAGAGUCAAAUAGGGCAACCCCCAGCCCUGGCAGAACUGACUGCACUCUAUGUGGGGAGGACUUGCAGCCUGUGGAGGGAGGCAGCAGUAAUGCUGUGGUUGGAAGAAUCUGUGAAAGAGGUGCUCCGUCGAGUUGAUACCGAAGACCCUCUGGUUGAGGACUGCCAAAACAAGAGAAAACAGAGGUACCAGAGUGCACCAAGGAACAUCCAUCGUCACGUCCUCCUCUCUGAGAUCAAAGAAGCCACCUCAUGCCUGCCUCUAGAGGUGACCAGUCAGCCUGUGAUGGGCUUUGACCCUCUGCCUCCCCUGGAGUCAGUAAUCUCAUAUACCCGACCAGAGAGGCAGCAUGUUGGUGCAUCCAAUGAGAGUACAUUGUCAUUGUUCUUUCGGUCUCUGCUGCCAAACUUCAACCUUCAGGGUGGACUGAGGCAGGAAGAUGACAUGGAAGUCGCUCGAGCUGGUCAGGAGCUGAACCAAGAAGUGAAUCGUCUAAUGGUGGCAAUGAGGGACAUGCUGGCAAACAUCAGGUUUCAAGAGCCACCAAGAGAGGACAACCCCUACAGAGAUGAGGAGGAAUGGGACUGAGAGGAGGGAGACAUAGGUGGAAUUUUUAGUGUGAGGAUCGAGAGGAAACAAAUGUAAUGACAGUCAGAAAUUCAAAUAUUUAAUGGUGUUUAUAAUAAUUAAAAAGAGAUGGAGUGGGACAACUGAAUUGUAUUUUUCAUUUGUCAUUUUGGAGUUCCAACAUCUCCACUCUUGGUUCUAUGUUUCUCUGGAAGAAGAAGAACAAACACCUUUUAUGUUGCAUGGACAUUUUGUAUCACAAAUGCAAAAAGCUUGAAAUGGAAUAUUAAUCUCUUUUAAUUUUAAUUUUGUGUUAAGAAUAAUCAACAAGUCAUAUGACUUUCAUGACGUGUAGAUUUGUAGACUUGUAACAGAGUUGUAGAAAAAUUUUGACCCGCUACUGAUAUCCCCACCAGUUUAAAUUACGUUCAGUAUUUCAGAUAAGCAUUUCUAAAAAGAUCCAGAACCAUUAUCAUCUUGUACAGAGUUUA